AUGGAGGAAGAUGAAGUGUCAAUUGCGAUGGAUGGAGAUAUUGCUGAUAUGUGUGCCAAACUGAAUCUUACAGAAAACAAAGACGAGGCGAUCAAUUUAGAAGAUGUGAUUGACGAUGAGAUUGAACAGAAAGCAGACCUUAGCCUUGUAGGUAAGCUUUUAACGAAGAAACCUUACAAUCUUAACCAUAUGAAAAACGCAUUUACGAGUGCAUGGAGACUGGCCAAGGGAUUCUAUAUCAAGGAGAUUGGGGAUAAUCUCUUUGUGUGCGAAUUUAAAUCAAAGAAUGAUAGAGCUCGUAUUCUGAAAGAUGGACCUUGGCACUUUGACAAACAACUGAUCAUAUUUGAACCGCUCUGUGGUAAUUUACAGCUAGGUGAUGUUGGGUUGGAGUUGAGCCCGUGUUGGAUGCGGAUAUAUAAUCUUCCCCUCAAUUGUAGAGGUAAAGCUGCUGUUAUGAAAAUAGGGGGAAAAGUGGGGCGGAUUGUGGAAUGGACCGAUGAGGAUAUGGCUAACUGGGGACGAUAUGGUCGUGUUAUGAUUGAUGUCACAAAACCUAUUUUUAGAGGUACAAAAAUUAUAAACCCCCUUGGCGAGAACUGCUGGGUUUCGUUUAAGUAUGAGAAAAUCCAAAACUACUGCUACUGGUGCGGGAUGCUUGAUCAUACAGUUGCGGAUUGUGAAGUUAAACCUGAAGAGACGGAAGUGGAGGACUAG